UUUCAAAUCAGUGGAAAGCUCGUCGUAUUUAUUUAUGAACCUCCAAAUUCAAACACCAUCAAACAAUUCAACAUCUUCUUCCUCUUCCUCCCAUCUUUCUCUUUCUCUCUCUGCUUUUUCAAUCUUUUCAUCAUGAAGCACCAAGAUGGCGGUUUUGGGAAAGUCAUUCCAACAUCGCACUAUCUUAAUACGUCGUUCGUCGGAGGCGUUUCCGCCACCGGUAACCGCCAUUUCCGCCGGACUUCCAAGCCUGUCAUCAACAAUCAGAAAUUGAUUCCGCAUCUACGUAGGACGGAGUCUGGCCGUGUUGAUUUCUUGGAGAGAUUUUCGCAUUAUGUUGCGAGGCAGUUGGGGAUUUCAGAUGUAGAUGAGUGUCCUCAACUCUGCAAGUUAGCAAACAACUAUUUGAGGAAGACGAAAGGGUGUGAGGAAGAAAUUUAUGCAUAUUUCGCUAGUGAAGCUGAGGGAGAAUCUCUGUAUGUGAAGUUAGUGAAUGAGUUUGAUCAAUGUAUUUUGAGUUAUUUCGCCUUCCAUUGGAGCCAAGCUUCAUUGAUGAUCACUCAGGUUUUGGGUGUUGACUCCGAGCACAAGAAGUUGAAAGACCUUGUGGUGGCAGCCACUAGGAAGCAAAGAUUUGAUAGGGUGAGUAAGGAUUUGAAAAUGACUAGGGUGUUCUCUACUUUGGUGGAGGAGAUGAAGAAGAUUGGAUGUGCUGCUUCUAAGGGCGAGUCGAAAUGCUCCCUUACGACUCCACGGUCAUCUCAAAGACAGAGGAGCCCUGUGCUUCUUCUGAUGGGUGGUGGCAUGGGGGCUGGCAAGAGUACUGUCCUCAAAGACAUUCUCAAAGAGCCCUUCUGGUUGGAAGCUGAAACAAACACAGUGAAAGUAGAGGCAGAUGCCUUCAAAGAAACUGAUGUUAUCUACAAAGCCAUCAGCUCAAUGGGCUAUCACGACGACAUGCUUCAGACUGCUGAAUUAGUACACCAGCCUUCAAUUGAUGCUGCAUCUUCGUUGUUGGUCACAGCAUUAAACGAGGGACGGGAUGUGAUCUUGGACAGCACUCUGUCGUGGGAGCCAUACGUCAUGCAGACAAUUGAAAUGGCUCGAAAUAUUCACAAGCGUAGAUAUCGAAUGGGAGUUGGGUACAAGGUAGAGAAUGGCAAAGUCACAGAGAAUUACUGGGAGCCUGUGAGUGAAGAAGAAGAGGAUGAAGAAAUGCAAGAUAGAAUGCCAUAUAGAAUAGAGUUGGUUGGAGUUGUUUGUGAUGCUCAUCUAGCUGUUGUUAGAGGAAUAAGGAGAGCCAUAAUGAUGGGAAGGGCCGUGAGGGUAAGUUCACAGUUGCAAUCCCACAAGAGAUUUGCUAAUGCUUUUCCAAAAUACUCUGAAGUAGUUGAUAGUGUCAGGUUAUAUUCCACCAAUUACAUUGGCAACCCACCCAAGUUGAUCCAUAGAAAAGAUGGCACCGACCCGUUUCAGACGAUUGAUGCGGAAGCAAGUGCGUGUUUGACAACGUUAAGCAAUUUGAACCCCGAUGCUGAAUCCGUUUACGAACUAUACCCGAACCCAAGCCCAUUUUCUGAACCUGAGGCCAUCUGGAAAGAAAUUGCUUUGACCCCUUCGAGGUUACAUUCUCAGAAAGAGCUGAGAUCUGCAAUUAAAAAGAUAGAAAGUUCAAGAACAAUCUCAAGUGAAGUAGAACAAUGAAAAACUUGUAAAUUUCAUGGUGGUUGAAGUGAAGUUUAUGUUAAAGACGAUAAUCUUCACUUUUUAAAAGGAAGAAGGAGCAUUUGCAGUUUUGACUAAUCUAUCAAACGCAAUACUUCUCUUUUCUUAUGGUUUUGAUUCAGUUCGACGCAUUUGUCGGCUUCUUUUUGGCGAUUCAUUCGGUUCAUAAGAAUGUUGAAACUAUGUGAGACAGACCUUAUUGGUCAUCCCAAAUGAAUAUAUGAUAUGGUUUAAACGUA